AUGGCAAGCUCCUCCUCCAACCUCCGGAGACAGCCCUCCUCGUCCAACCUCACGCGCCCCGUACAGCCUCGCUCACGAGCCCCCAGCGUCGCUCCGCCCGUCGCAUCAUCAGCAGCAGCACGCAGACUCACAGCAAACGCCGCAGCCACCCAUCCACCCUCUCGCUCCGCGUCCGCAGCCUCCAACGACGAUGCCGCUCGCAAACGCUCCGACGCUGGCGAAUCCAACAUCCAGGUCGUCGUGCGCGUACGAGGUCAUGCUCCCAACGAACCGCCGCGCACCGAACCCUCCAUCCUCACCACCUCCGGCCCACGAUGCCAGCAGAUCGACGUCGCGAUAGAGCCUACCCCGGUAUCCUCCUCCUCCUCUUCCUCUACCACCCUCCACCAAGAAUCCUCCACUCGCCAAAAGAGCUACCACUUCGACCAGGUCUUUGGCCCAGAGGCCGACCAGGGCAUGCUUUAUCAGGACGUCGUCGGCCCCAUCCUCGAAGAAGUCAUGUCCGGAUACAACUGCACCGUCUUUGCCUACGGUCAGACCGGCACCGGCAAGACCCAUACCAUGGAGGGCGACCUCACCUCCCAAAUGGGCACCUACUCCUCCGAGGCCGGCAUCAUCCCGCGCUCCCUCUAUCGCCUCUUCCACACCCUCGAGCUCUCCAAAGAAGACUACUCGGUCAAGGCCACCUUCAUCGAGCUCUACAAUGAAGAGCUUCGCGACCUGCUCAGCCCCGACAACGCCUCGUCCGCAAACGACGCCGCACACCACACCCUCCGCAUGUACGACGACGCACGCGGAAAGGGCGUCGUCAUCCAGGGCCUCGAAGAGGUCGCCCUCAAGGACGCCGCACACGGCCUCGCCGUCCUCCGCCACGGAAGUCGCAAGCGCCAGAUCGCAGCCACCAACUGCAACGAACAGUCCAGCAGAUCGCACAGCGUAUUCACCAUGACCGUCUUCAUCAAGGACAAGGGCUCCCGCGGCGAAGACGUGCUCAAGAUCGGCAAGCUCAACCUCGUCGACCUCGCCGGCUCCGAAAACAUCGGCAGAUCCGGCGCAGAGAACAAACGUGCUCGCGAAGCCGGCAUGAUCAACCAGAGCCUCCUCACCCUCGGACGUGUCAUCAACGCGCUCGUCGAGAAGAACAGCCACAUCCCCUACCGCGAGUCCAAGCUCACGCGUCUCCUCCAAGAGUCGCUCGGCGGACGCACAAAGACGUGCAUCAUCGCCACCGUCUCCCAGGAACGCGCCAACAUCGAAGAGACUCUCUCGACGCUCGACUAUGCGCUCCGCGCAAAGUCGAUCAAGAAUCGCCCCGAGCUCAACACGCGCAUGACGCGCUCGGCGCUCAUCAAGGAGUACGUCUUCGAAAUCGAGCGGCUCAAGGGCGACCUCCAGGCAUCGCGCGACCAGAACGGCAUCUACCUCACCGACGACUCGUGGAAGACCAUGCAUGCGGAGCACGAGGAGCGCAAGACGCUAACAGACUCGCUCAAACGAUCCGCCGAGGUCACAGAGAGCAAGCUCAACAGCCUCAAGGAGCAGUUCGAACAGAACAUGCAGCUUCUCGUCAAGCGCGACAACGAGGUGCGCAUCGCAAAGGCCGAAUGUGCAGAUCGUGUCGCAGAGCUCGAGGCCCUGAUCGCCAAGGCCGCCUCGCUCGAGCUGACCGUGGACGAGGAGGUGGCAUUGCGCAAGGCAUACAUGGCCAGCGAGGCGCAGCUCAACACCGCCGCUUCCUCGCUUGCCGAUCUUGUCCACAAGAGCACCGCAGAUGUACAGGGCCUCUUCGACAAGCUCGAGAGGAAGACGGCGGUGGAAAAGGCCAACCGCGCGGUUGUGGCAGAAUGCAGGGAGGCUGUUUCGCAGCACGCCUCUCAGCUCGACUCGAGCCUGUCCGCCUUCCGAGCUGCCGAGAAUCAGUUCAGCACCUCGCUCAAGACCAGCUUGCACAACAUGGUCAGUGCGACAGAGAGCCACCACGAUGAGCACCAACACUGGCUCCAAGCUCGACUGAAGAAGAUCUCGACUUCGCUGCGCGAGGUGCGCUCGGGCCAGCUCGAGUCCAAGGACGUGCUCGCUUCGCUCUUGGGCGAUCUCGAGGCUACCGUGAGCGCGCUGCAGACAUCGAGCGAGACAAGCCUCGGUUCGCUCAAACAGACGUGUCGCGGCGCCAUCGAAGAUGUGGUGCUGGCCAACACGCAGCGCUUUACGCACGUCGCCGCGUCGUUCGAGCAGGUGACUCGGGCUCACGUCGCCACACUCCAGGAGGUGCAAGAAACAAAUCAAAAGAACCGGGACCAUAUCGCGCGCGUCAAGGCGGCUGCGGAGGCAGCAAGUCGGGAAGAGAUGCAGCGGCUGCGCGACCAAAAUGAGCAGCUCGCAGCCACGGUGGACGAGAUGAAGCGCAGCAAUGCGUCGCUCAAGCGCGAGUUGAUGGCCGACUUUGGGGGCCUGCUCGACCGCUUCAUGGACAAGCAGGUGUCGUCCGUGGCUGCAUCCAUGGCGCCGGCACAGGCGCUGGUUGCGCGCUCCAUCAACGCCUCGGAAUCGCACGAGGCGAGCCAGCGUGUACAGCUCGAUACGCUCUCGGCGGGAACGGGCGACGUGGCGAGCAAGCUCGAGCGCUCCCAAGCCACGCUCGUCGAGGAGACGCAUACGAUUGCAACCGAUGUCUCGCACGCCAGCACCGAGCUGGGCACCAAGAUGGACGCGUUCGCAUCGGCGAUCGAGGACGACCUGUCUGCGUUGAGCUCUGCUGCCCUGUGCGGACACGACAAGAUCUCGAGCUUCACCGAAAAGGCCAGGAAGAAAGUCGAGGCGCACACCAAGGCGCAAUCGUCCAAGAUCAAGGCGGCCAACACCGAGCUCACCGAGACGCUCGAAGCGGCCACCUCGCACCUCGCGACGAGCUCGCAGACGGUCACAUGUGCAGCGGGCAAGGUGGUGGAGAAGGUGGACGCACACCAAGGCGAGGUGAAUGCGUGGAGCGAGGCGGUGGGCGGCGUUCUCAAGGAGCUUGCGUCGGAGUCUGAUACGAUGCUGGCGUCCAAGUUCCAGGAGGAUAGAAGCACGGGCCAGACGCCGCAGAAGCGCGUGUGGAAGAUGCCCGGACGGUGGGGUCUGGUGCCGAGCAAUCGAGAGGAGGCGAUCGAGGCGGGUCGAAAGGUCGUCGACACGCUCGUCUCGGAGGCGGCAACAAGCGAAGUGCUCACGUCGGAGUUGGAAGCGGAGGAUGGGGCCGUGGUGGAGCCGGGAUUGGAGGCCGAAGUGGAAGAGUCUGCUGCCACGCCGCCAGUGGAGGGAGUCGAGGAUGGAGAGGCGGUGCGGAGGAGCACGCGGCCGCUGCGAGAGUUGCCGUUUGGGCACGCGAAUGUGCCGAGCUCGACGUCGAUGGAAGAGCUGGCGAUCAAGCCGACCAUUUCUGCAUCGCGCAGCGCCAAGAACAAGCUGACGACGUCGGCGUUACCCAAGAGCAAGCGAGCGCGGUCGUAA